CCCUCGCAUAUAUAUACCACGCUUCCUUCGUUCCCAAAUCAUAAUUAAUAAUCAGAGUUUCUUCGUUUUCGAAACCUAAUUACUAAUCUUCUUCGUUUUUUCGCUUCUCCAAUUCAAUGGCUCGUACUAAGCAAACUGCUCGCAAAUCCACCGGUGGCAAGGCUCCAAGGAAGCAACUGGCCACCAAGGCUGCUCGCAAAUCUGCUCCUACAACCGGUGGAGUCAAGAAACCUCAUCGCUAUCGUCCUGGUACCGUUGCACUUCGUGAGAUCCGUAAAUACCAGAAGAGUACUGAUCUUUUGAUCCGUAAGCUUCCAUUCCAACGUCUUGUUCGUGAAAUUGCUCAAGAUUUCAAGACGGAUCUCAGAUUCCAGAGCCAUGCUGUUCUUGCACUUCAGGAAGCAGCAGAAGCUUAUCUGGUUGGAUUGUUUGAGGAUACCAAUUUGUGUGCAAUUCAUGCUAAGAGGGUUACAAUUAUGCCAAAGGACAUUCAACUUGCACGCCGUAUUCGUGGUGAACGUGCUUAGGGGCUGAUUAGUAGUAGUAGUAGUAGUAUUUUGGAUUAAUGAUUUAGGGUUUUAUCAUCAAUUAAGUGUCUUUCUCUUAUGAGCUGUAUAGUUCUGAAACUAUAAUUUUCAUAUUUAGCAUUUUGAAUGGUUAGUUUUUUGUAAACAAGUUUCGUUUGUAAUUGAUGAAUUACUCAAUUACAAUUUGAAACAUUUGCAAAAAAACAAAAUUAAUAAAAAAAUUUGAUUUGAA